AUGAACUGGACCGGGGGGCGCUUGCAACGCUACUCUUAUAAAAACUACAAAUCUCAAAAGGCUGCUCAGAAGCAGUAUUUUGCAAGGACAAGACUGAAAGCCCAGAAAAGACUCCACCAAGGGCCGUCUUCAUCCUCCGCGAGAUCAUUGCUAUCGCAGCGCCUGCCUAAGGAGCUAUCCCACUCACAGGAACGCGAAGGAAUCGACCAUUACAUCGGGAAUGAGAGAAAAGUAGACAAAGACAUCUCAUCGGAUGGAUCCAGCAAUCGCAGCCCUGAAACUGAAGAGUCGCAAGACUUUGACCACCUCAGGCGAAAAUUACUCAAGAGACAAGACUGGGCCAGCUUGGCUGUCGUUCGGCCACUUAGGACAAGUAUGUUUCCCAGGAGCAGUCCACAUGCGGUAAACAUAACAAGAAGGCGACAUCGCCAACAGCAAAAGAUGAAGCACCGGAUACCCUUCCAAGGGGAGGGCCUGGACGCAGACAUCGCAAUAGGACAAAUGACGAAUUUUCCCGGGGGUUAUUUAAACGAAAAUAGCCCUAACGACAAAGAAAGUCUACUCCUAGGGCUCGAAACGGAUAUGGAGAAAGCAAGAAUCUCCAACUCACGUAAAUUUCGUCGUACGGAGGCAAACUCACGCACUAUCGGCUUGUGGAACACACCGAAUCAUAGUGAGAAAGAAGGGGCGGAACUCCCUGUCUUGGUUGCGGGGGGGAAGAGCAGCUGGAUUUCAUCUGCAGAUUGCUGGAUCUGGCAUCCACCUACCCCAGCCAAGCUGAAUAGUCCGGGCCGAGAUAACCUCUAUGACGAACUACCAGAUGACUACUGGUCUGUGGUGGGAAGCGAACCAACUGCCCCGAGCCAAGAUCCGUCAGAAUCCAUGUUACUCGAAAUUGAAGAGAUGCAUACCAUGGGGCCAUUCGAGAAAGAGUCGAGAAAUAACAUAUCGGAUUGUCAACGGACUACUUAUUCUAGUAGUGAAGGAUCACCAAAUGCCGGAAAUAGUCAGAAUUCAGCACACAGCAGUACAUCUGCGAUAACAAGCGUUUCUCCACUACUCAUUCCAGAGAUGCAAGGCAGACAUUGCAGGAACCCUGAAAGAUUCCUUGUCCAUGGCCUGAAACACCUAGUUCCCAAUACAUACGCUGGACAUGAAUUGCCCGCUGUACCUGAUGCGCGAAGAACAUCUGAUUCCGGGAUCUUUGAUGGUCAGUUCCAGUCCGGAAUCGGGAGCGAGUUGAGCUCUGUUGUCAACGAUUCGGCGAGAGGACAAAACAAGGUUCCUAGCUUGGAACUUAGGGAUUAUCUAUCAUCGUUGUAUCAAGUUGAGGACAUAGAGCAGGGUAACCCACAAGAACUACUCGUAUGUUUUCCCACGCAGCAGACAGCCCUGGACGUAGAUUGGGCAGCAAGGCCCGAAGUCCGCGUUCCAGCUUCUCGAGGCAUUGAUGAUUUGAAUCCUGUCAUUGACACGGACGGAGAAGGUCAUUUAUUGAAAUAUUUCAUGGGUUGGCCAACCAGUCAAGAACAGAGUGACCAUUAUACGCUUCUGUCCCCAGUAUGCAUGGAGGCCAGCGAUCUGUCUACUGCUGAAAAACCAGCCUACCCAAAUAGCCUGACAGAGCCUAGGAAUGCUAGCAGCGAAACUGGGUCUCAGGUAUGGGGUAAAAAGGCAACAACUUCGCGCGAUUCUGCGGAUCUCAGCGAGGUGGGAGGAUCCGAUCCAUCCAGAUGUGAAAUUUCCUCACAGGAUGCCGUGGUCGGUACCACUAGCGAUAGUUCUUCUACACAUCAGCAGCGUUUCUAA